AUGAGUUCAAGGAAUGCGUUGGGUGGGGUGCGCAAAGGUGGGGGGGGCAUAGGGGCUGGCGCGAGUGUUCCCCGGGACUACGAUGAGUGUCUUCGUCGCCUCAUCGCUCGACGUCAGCUGGCUCCUAUCGCUCCAGCUUGGCUGCAGCCAGUGAUCGCCCUUUACCUCUUAACACUGACUGACACAUGGACCGAAGCACCCUGCGCUGUCUGUCCGCCCGUCACGCAGAGGACAUCCGUGGAACAAGGCAGUGCAGAAGGCCCAGAUCCUGAUCCAUCCAAGCUCCUGUCACCGGAGUCUGGCCUAGAUCCAGUUGCAGGACGGGAACUCUCAGAAGGAGCUCAGACAGUUGUAACGGUGGUGAGAGGACGCAGAGACGGUUGGCACAUGUUUGAACGCGACACACCAACAACAAGAGCUGGCGAUUAG